CCGGCACUCGAGGCCUGGAGUUGCCUACCCAUAACUCUUUAGAAUAAUCCCACGCUGUUACGUGCAGAUCACCACAGAACUCAGCGAAUGCUUGCGACUAUAUUUCAAAGAGAGUGUAAAGUCUUUCCCAUGGUGCAAUAACCUCCACUAUCUUGCCAUGACUCAGGCCUGAGGGCGCCUCUGCUCCACUGACACUCAGUUGAACUUUGGUACAGGACACAGAACAGGCUUCUGGGUGAGCAAAGCACAACGCUGGGGCAACAGAAAGAAAACGGAAACGCUGAGCUGAUACUUCACAACACUGUAACGCGAUCUAUGAACCAUAAAAGAUGAAUCUUGAGAGUGCAGAUGCUUAAAGUAGCUUACUUUUAUAGACAUUCAAGGUGAUUUUUCCUCCCUUGAGGUAGUACUAUGUUCUCUUUCAUCACAUGGCUUCUUCCAACUUCCUACUUCUUACCAGGGUGGCUGACUCUAGAUAUAAAUCCACUGGAAAGUUUACUCCAAGGGCUGGUAGCUGCAUGUGGGAUCUCUGUGCUGUGCUCCCUGUUGAGAGUGCAUUUAUUCUUGGAGGAGAGCUGGAGUAAAAAAAAUGGUGAAGACACAUCAACUCGGAAGACAUCCGGUCAUCCGAUAAGGACAAAACCUGGACUUACUGGGCUGCUUCAGUUUCUCUUUGUAACUGGGAUACUGUGUGUAGUGGGCUCCCGUGUGGCCUCACUGGUGGUACUAGAAUUCUGUCUUCGAGCUGUCUCUGGAUUGGUUACAGCUGGACCAGAGUCGGGGAAAUUUCUGCAGCAGCUGUUAGUUCAAAGCCAGUUCUCUCUGGGUUGCGCCCUAACCUGCAGUUUGCACUUUCUACACGAGGGGGCGGCGCAGCGCUGGCUAUGCUUACUCCUGGCAGCAGCACUCAGCUGGUUUCUGGCUAGGCAGGCCACAAACCUGCUGCACCAUGUCAUAGCUCUGUAUAAACUCCACAGCUCACAGGGCUACUGCGGCAUUUGCAUCAGCCUCCUCACAUCGGGCAGCUCCCUGCUGCCCAUGCUGUGCAGGACCAUCAUCAUUACCUUCUCUGUGGCUGUGCUGGCUGCUGUUUCAACCAUCAACCAACAUUUCCUCUCUGCAACAGAAGCCCUUAGGUUUUGGACACCACUUACUAUCUGCUAUACGCUGUUGGUGGUGUACAUGCAGGAAGAGCAACACCGUCUGCCUAGCAGCCAGGCCGUCCUCAACGCAGUGGUGGUGCGUCUCGGGGGUUUGAUGGUCCUGAUGCUGACUGUUGGACGCUGGGCAGACGUGUUCCACAUCCUAAUAUGUUUCCUCGGAGAGGCUAGCUGUCUACUCCCCACCAAGGAUCUGCUGGAUGCAGCAUCCUCACAGGUCAGUGAGUCUCCCUGGGAGCGGCACACGGGGCCAAAAGCACUUCGUUCCCACCGAGGCCUCCCAAAACUGGAGCAGAAUAUCAAUAUGUUCAUUAGAUGAGUCUCAAGAUGACACUCGAUUUUUCCAACUUGUAUCCCGGGUGGAGAAGGUUUAAGACCCCCAAGACAGAUUCAGGUCAACGUGAUCUCUGACUCAGAAUACUGAGUCUACUUUUCCUUUCACUGAGCUGACCUAUUUAAAGUUGCGGGGUUUAAACAAAGUAUAAUGCAAAAUAAAACAAAUAUAAAAAACCUUGCAUUUGAAUAGACUUUUAAGGUGAGUCGGGUCUGUUUUGCUAUUAAAAUGUAGCUCAUGUGGUGAUUGAGAAUCAUGCAUAUCAAGAAAUCAUGGCUACAUUCACUAAGCUAUAUGUCUGGCUGUAGCUUAACAGCAGGCAUGUCUUCAGUCACCCAUGUUUCUAGCAUCAUAUUUUGCUGUGUUCACACAGGAUGAAGAGGAUUAUACAGAGUACAGAAGGAGGGAGCGUCAGCAAAAACCACGAGCCUUCAAGAAAGAGCAUCAGAGAUAGGCACUCUGGGAUUUUAAAGCCUGCACGUCUCUUUAAUGGCACUAUUUAGUGGAAAUCAUAUCAAGGCAACGUUGCUUUCUACCUACGAUGUAGUAUACAUUUUGUAUUAAAUAUUUGACACAACUCA